AUGUGUCGACACGAGAAGUGGAUGUGCUCCUGCGCUACUUCCAGGCCCGUGAGAGUGGAAUGCGAGGCCUAUGACGCCAAGAGCAACCACUGUCCCUACGUGCCGAACCCGGGUCCCGAUGAGAAGCUGGACCUCGUGUCGAGAAUCGACGGCCGUUGCACCAACAUCAAGUGCAAGUGGGCCGAUCCCAAGCUGAAAUACAACGCCCAGCAACCCCUCUCUCCGACCUCGCAGGAGCUUGCACAAUUGCUCUUGGACGCCACCGUCACCGUCAACGACGACACCGAUGCGAAGCACGCCACCGAGGCGCGGAACGACACGGUCUCGCCUCAACCUUGUCUGGCAGAGAAGCCUGAACUUUCGGUUUCCGCCAACACGACUGCUGAAACUUGCAGCAGUCGCCUCACUCCCGCUCCGGUCGUCAAUGUCGAUAAGGAGAAAUCUGCCACCGAGGUCGCCCCUGCUACUACUCGUUUUGACGACUCCAUCAUCCUUUCUGCAAAGGACGGCGAAGACACCAACGUACAGGCUGACCAUUCUGAGUCUCGCGUCACUUCUGAGUCUCGCGUCACUUCUUCUCCGGUCGUCGAUGGCGAUACGGAGAUAUGUACAAGCAGAGUCACCGUUACUGGUCAGAGUACCGACACAGCCAGUCUUCUACAGCAACCUUCUUCAACGGCUGAAGCUAUGAACAGCGACAAUAGCACCUCCUUCACAGAGCCCAUGAAUGACACCGACUUCGACAUGGAUGAACUCUUUGCAGAUGCUCCGUCAAAGCCCUUCCUACAAGUGCCUUCUACGACCGAGCUUGAGCGCGACUACAUUAAUCAUACCGCCAGAGAAGUCGAGAAAACUGCCGAGAGUGUUGGCACAGGUGAUCUUACACCGUCCCCUUCAAUAGGCCAGGGUAUCACUGGCGACAACACCAAUCUCUUUAACGGAAUGUAUCAUAUGAGCGCGAAAGACUGUGCGACAUAUGGUUCACCUCCUUCGAUGCGGAUGACCACUAGCGACAACAACCGUUUCUCCAUCGGCGCCAGCAAUGACAAGAACAGCGCCCGAUUUGCUGUUAAUUGUUCUCCGCCGCCUCCUGCUUCGCCGUCGCUUGGCAAGAUUGAACAGUUGGCUCCCGUCAACGACCUGCCCAACGACGGGCCGUCUGGCCCAGGCAACAGCGAGUUCUGGAAGGACACAUCGCAUAAGAUGCGGGUGUUCAUGCCAUUCAUUGCACAGCCCUCAAAUGGUAUCGGUCAAUCUGUUGUCAGUUCCCAGCCAAAGCCAACAGAUGUCAAUCCCUCUCCAAGCACCAGCGCCACGAGCCAGCCAUCACCUGCGUCGUCUCUUGGUAUUGCAAAUCAGACUGGCAAGCCGAAAACCUCGCGAAAAGGCAAAGGCCCAAGCAGCCGAUCUGUGAAGGCCCAAGCAGCUGGCGCCCUGGUUGGGGCCAAAACUGGACUGUCAGCUCCAGUCGUUCCCCAUGCCACGCAGCUGGCCAGCGACGUCAAUGACUCUUCCAGAAUGCUGCCUGUCACCACACGUCAGCAAAUUGCCAAGUCCGCUGCAAGAGCCCAGACACCCAGGGAUAUUGCACCCAUUCUCCGGGGUCAACAGCAAGUUGCAAACGGCUUUCCCAGAUAUCCCGGUAUGGCGACGACCAUUCCCUCGUAUCGGCAGCCCGGGCAUCUUCAGCAGACAGCCGGAGUUGCUCCUGGGAUAUCCAAGAAUAUGUCUCAAUUUUCGCCGAAUCAGCAAUCUGGAGUCCGAUAUGUGCAGUGUCCCCUCACAGAGGCUGAAAUCCCGCAUUUGCAGCAGCAAGCCGCAAGAGGCUCUCCGAUAUAUCCUACCAACGCAGUGGGGGUUUUGCCAUAUCAACAAGCCGGAGUCCAACAUCAGCAGACGCCAAGAACAAGCCCUGAUCUUACACGGACUCAGAUUGCCUUGGGCGGGCGCCAAGGACACAUUCAAGAGCAAGCCGCUAGAGGCCUUCCGGGGCAUUCUACGGGCUCAUUGGGCAGCGAUUCCCCGCUAAUGAGAGAGCUCCGGAACAUGACAGACCAGCAACCUGCUAUGCAACAAAACUCGUCUGCCGUAUCACAAUCCCCGGCUCGCAAUGCAGUCACUCAAGCUACUCAGGGAGCAGGCCAGAGUUGGCCUUUGACGGCGCCAAUGCAGUCACAGAUGAACUAUAUGGGAUACCCUCAGACCGCUGCCUCGUUCGGAGCAGUUCCUUCCAACUCGAGCAACCUGGCUUGGUCAGGACAUCAGGGCUUUCAAAACCAGGACUUCAACAAUCUGGGUUUCUUUGGGGCGCGCUCUCCCAAUGAACUUCCCCAAGUCAGCAGCGGCUACAAUGGCAUGCCGCCCCUCCAGCAACAUUCCAUGUGGCAGAACUCUCAUGGAGCGUCGAAUGCUUCAUCGCCACCCCAGAGCCAAAUGGCGUUCGAAGGCAUGAUGGGCGCAUCACAAUUCAACACAUCCCAAAGCACGCCCACGAUGGGCCAUGCGGUUCCGACCGGCAAGCGCUCAUAUGAUAGGAUGAACAACAACGAACCCGUCAUGCAACGGCACAUUCAGGCCCAGAUUCAAGCCCAGAUUCAAGCCCAGCUUCAGGCCCAAGUUCAGGCCCAGCUUCAAGGCCAACCGGUCGCUAUGCACACUUCACCAGAUUGGACUCCAUCGGCAGAGUCGCAGCAAGCCCCUUCCAAGAGGGCAAGACGUCAUAGGCCCAUUCAGGAAGCCCCUCAAGGUUCGGUGAACUACGACACACAGAUGGGAUCUCAGAGCAACGUUUAG